GCAGGCCGCCGCCCCUCUGCCCCACCCUAUUCUCGCCACUGGCCCCGCCCCCCUCUCGCUGCCCGCGCUUAUUUGCCGGCGCCCUUCCUCUUCGCUUCCCCAUUGCUCCGGCUUUUGCCUCUUCGUUUACGACUCCGUUGAGCUCCGCCCCUCCCAGAGAGGCCUCCAUAGCGCAGGUUCGUGGGUUCUCGCGGACCUUUUUCCGUGUAGCUUUCUCCUUCUUCCCGGCAUUCCUGUUUCCGUUUUCUCACGGCCCUCUGCCUUUUCCACCACUGAGACACUUCGCGCUCAGGACUUCAGUGACGUCAUCUUUCUGCGGCGCGCGGACACCCGCUGGUGGAAGAAGAAACAGCUCCGCAGCCCUUCGCUUCUUUUGCUGGGCUGCUGCUCCUUCGGCAUCAUGGCGCCGUCGCUGUGGAAGGGGCUGGUGGGCAUCGGUCUCUUUGCCCUAGCCCACGCCGCCUUUUCCGCGGCGCAGCAUCGUUCUUAUAUGCGAUUAACAGAAAAAGAAGAUGAAUCACUGCCAAUAGACAUAGUGCUUCAGACACUUCUGGCCUUUGCGGUUACCUGUUAUGGUAUAGUUCAUAUUGCAGGGGAAUUUAAAGACAUGGAUGCCACUUCAGAACUGAAAAAUAAGUAA